GUGUUACUUAGUUCAUAAGUGCGAUCUCAAUUAUGGAAGAGGCCAGAGCUGUCCUGAAGAAGAAAGAUGCCAUUCUUGAACACCCGUCUACGCUUGCAGAAGCGAUUGAUUUCAUCCGAUAUAAUAAUCCACAAACUGGACAUAACGAGGCAGAGGAACUUUUAGUGGAGAGCUAUCAGGGUGCAAUCGAGUUUCUGUUCGAACUGGGGACUUGGCUCACCUACAUUGGUAAGACCUUUUCAGAAUACUUCACAUUCGUUCGGUUAGAUGAAGAUGCUCAGUCUACUCGUAACAUAAUUGAAUCAGUUGUCAAGGAAGCUAUUCUUCAGAACUAUGAUCGUUCCAAAGCCAUAACAUGUUUAACAGAUGAAGCUUCAGCCGUUAGUUUUCUUGGUCAUUACCUAACAUUUCGAAAUUCAGGACACCAUGGAGUGGCUUAGUCAAAUGGUCGAAUCUCCAACUUGGCGUCAAACCAUUUAUAACCUAGCUCAGCACCCACGGAACGAAGAUUGUCCUUUUUUAUCACUGUCUAUGCCGUGUAUAGCUGUAAAAGAAAGUCUCAUUGGAGAACUCGUAUCUGUUCCUCUUGCAUGGAACACUCUAGGCAUUUUCUUGAAGUGCGUUAUCUAUGUUUUACAACCAUUACUGGCUGCUGGUGAUACAGUUAAAGAUCAGACAUUUAUGUACUCCAUUGCAUUUUUACAGCCAAAACGGAAUAAUGCUUCAUGUACCAAUUAUUCUAGUGUUUCACAUUCAGAAAUGAGCUUAGUGAAUUCGGAAUCGCUUCCACCCAUUGAUGACGUUAAGGGUUUUGUUUCCGCUGUCGAUAACGAACAUCAACCAUACUCAUCAGAAGGAGAGUCUCAUUUUUCUUUUGAUACUGCACAAGAUAUGUUAACCCACUUUUUGGAAAUGGGUUGUCAUAGUGAACAUGGAUAUUUACUCUUGCAAUCUAUCUUGCAGUGUUUGGCUCGAAAGAUGAAGAGCCAUUGUGCUCAUCAUCUUAUUUGGCUUUUGGAAGCUGAAGCAAGUCGAAGGGGCCGUGACGUGAGUCGGUACACAACGUAUCUCUGUGGUGCCCGAGAUUAUCCUGAUAGCAUGGAUGCUAUGCGUAUCAUCCUUAAGGAACAAGAUUUAAUUCCGGAUGCAGUUUCGCUGCUUGAGGAAGCAUAUAAAGGAGAUGCCCCCCCACCAGUAGCUUUGUUACGACAACCCAUUUUCAUUGCACUUCUAGCAGAUGCAUUAUUUGCAAGUUCUGAUAGAUUGUUAACUGAACAAUUAGAACAAUAUGCAUAUCUUUACAGCUAUGCUGCAGUGGUCGUUGAAGAGAUUGAACCUACUACUGAACGACGUAUCUCAUGUAUACGUACUGAAGUUGAUGAAGCAAAACGUGAAGUUUUAGAAGCAAGUCGGAUUUGUAGACAAUGGAACAAUAUGUCUGGCAGUGGAAUUAGUUUACGUGCUUUCCGAGAUCUUCCAUCGCUUUUGAGAUGUUUAUCAUGUCGACCUGUUUCACUUGGUGUAUUUCGUUUUGUUCGGGUCGUUUUUCAUACGAAACGCGUUGAUUUCGAAUUAAAUAUGGACACCAUGAAACCUUACUGUAUAGUAGUAAAUGAAUUGGCUGAGGUCAAUGAAUAUUUACGUCCAGCUCUCUUAGCAUUUAUCACAGAAUUACUGGCCUCUUCAGUUGAAGGAAUGGAAGACUUGAGUCAGCUAGAAUACAAACGAAUGUUGGUCGGAUUACUUGUUCAUUUACUAUCAUGUGGCCAUGUACUUCCUGUAAUAAACACAAUGCAUAGACUGUUUUUACGCAAUCGUGUUGAUGUUUCUAUUGUUCGCCAUUUUGUUACAGAAGUCCUAAAGGUGGCGGGACAACCUUAUGCAACGUUCUUCAUGAAUGCAUUACAUCCUCUGGUUGUUCAUCCAGAUAUUAGUGAUGGUUUGAAAGGGGGAAAGGACACAGAUUACGUGAACGAAUUCCUCGAGUAUUAUGAAAAAGAAAACUCGCUAUCGCCAAGUCAUUAAUAUGUCAUCUUAUGACUUCUGUUGUACAUAAUAUGUUCUCUAUAAUUACAAUGUUUUUUUAAGUUCUUC